AUGAAUCAACCGUUACGUUCGCAAUCAUUCAGACAUCGUCCUCGAACAUCAGUUCACGUGAAACGUCAUCCAUUCGAUGAUUCAGCGCAACAAGUUCGAGAACGUAGGCGCUCAACGCCUAAUAUUUUCCGAUAUUCCACUCUUCAUUCGAGGCAUCGACCAUCGGACAUAACACGAACGGAUGUUUGGCCGAAACCAAGAGAACGAGUGGCCGAGGAUCGUUUUCUUAAUUUGAUAGAUUCCGAUGAUUACACCCGAGUGCGCGAAUUUAACAUAGAUGAAAAGGGUACUGUUGUUAGUCGAGGCGAUUCGUUUCGUCUCAAAAGUCCUUCCUGUCAUAAACGAGAAUUACGAAAGGUAGAUCGAUCCGGUUUGUCAAAUGAAUCAAACAGCUCACAUUCAAUAUCUGAUGAGAGUAUUAUGCCUGUUAAUAAUAAUGAAAAAGAUGAAAAUAAUCAGCCAUCGACAAGUACUGCUUUUUAUGAGAUAUACGUACUUGGCUCAACAGGUGUGGGUAAAACUGCUCUAAUUGGACAAUUUAUGACUUCGGAUCAUCGAAAUACCUAUGCUACUGAUAUAGAGCAAGUUGACAACACAGUAUCAAUUAUAAUUGGUGAUAAAGAAAGCGAAUUAACAUUUCUUGAAAUUGAUCCACAUAAUGAUUGUUCUUGGUUAGAUGGUAAAGCAGAUAUUUACUUACUCGUAUACAGUAUCGAUUCAAAAAGUUCCUUCAAAGAAGUUAUGAAUGUUGUUGACUGUUUACGUGAAUCAGAAUCUGCACGACAUACACCUAUUGUCAUGGCUGCUAAUAAAGUUGAUUUAGAACGAAAACGUGCUGUAAGUAAAACAGAUGCAAAAAACGCUGCAAUGACUUAUAGCUUUGCGCAUUAUGAAGUAUCAGUGGCGUUAAAUUUAGACAUUGAUGAUCUUUUGGUUGGACUUAUUGCCGAAAUUAAGCAUUCAUUAAAAUCAGACUUGCUCGAUUUUUGUGAUGACAUCAAACCUUCUAAAGAAAACAAUGAUACGGAAGUGAUGGAAGAGCCAAAUGAUUUCAAAGCUGCUAUUCGAAGAUAUUCAAGGAGAAGACGACAGCAGAUGGGUGACAUCAAUGAGAAACAAGCGAAUAAAUGUACGCAUUUCAAAAGUAAUCUUGUGGAACGUUUUCGAAAUUGGAGACGAUUAUUGCCAAAUUUAAAUUAUUAA